AUGCAGCUCUCAUCUCUCCUCAUUCUCACCAUCGCCACCAUGACCAACCUGGUCACAGCAAAGGGCGGCCCCCCAGCCAACAUCUCUAUUCCCCCCUCGGGCAACCCAGAACUCUGCCUCAAGCGCCUCGCCACAUUCCCCAAUCGCAACAAGAAGCGUGUUGACUUCCUCGGCGGCCGCUGCAUCCAAGCCCGCACCUACAAGGGAAAAUUCGGCCCCUACAAUGGCGACUUCUUCUUCGAGACGUGCUGCACAGACAAAGACGGCAACUAUGGUGAGCCGACGUACGUCAACGUCGACGAGUGCGUGAUAUUCGAUCCCGUCAAAGGCACCCUCGGGUGGAAUAAUCUCAACGAGAAAAAGAUUCGAGAUCACUGCAGCAUGUGUAACGUCAACGCCGCGCUCUUCGCCAAGGAUGGGUAUCCUGCUGGUCCGUACUUGACCUGCGAGUGCAAGAAGGACAACAAUGAGAUGGUUAAGGCUAAGAUCUGGUUGGGAACGGAUAUUAAUGCUUCCAAGGAGCCCAAAGAUACGUUUUGGGUCAACGAAGGGGGCAAACUCACUUGCAGGAAGCAACCGAAGCAGUAG